AUGGCUUCAGUCUUCAAAUUCCCUGGUGUCGCUUUCAUCACCGGGGCAGGAGGGACAGGGAUUGGUGCCGCUGUUGCAAAGGGGUUCGCAAAGUCUGGAUGCUCUCGGAUAGCCAUUACGGAUAUCAACAGAAGAACCCUGGAAAGCACCAAGGAGGCAAUCCUGGCUAUAAAUCCCAAAGCACAAGUGACUGCCCGUGAAGGUGACAUAGCCGACGAGAGUUUCGUGAACUCGUUCGUCAAAGACAUCUCAAAGACGUACUCUCGACUCGACUAUGCAAUCAACUGCGCCGGUAUCUUGACGGAGUCGCUCCGCUCGACGGAGACGCCAGUGUCUGUCUUUGAUGCAGUCACGAACAUCAACUAUAGGGGGAGUUGGCUCUCUUCGCGAGCCGCCCUUGCGCAGAUGCUGAACCAGAAGCCGUUACCUGAACACCCGGCGCUACGGGGUGCAGUGGUGAACAUCGCAAGUCAGUUAGGAAUAGUGGCUCGACCAGGCGCUGCCGCGUAUUGUGCUUCCAAAGCCGCUAUCAUCAAUAUGACCCGUUCGGACGCGAUCGAUUAUUCACAGGACGGAAUUCGGGUCAAUUGCGUAUGCCCCGGAGUCAUUGAGACACCCAUGACCACCAGCUCCGAAGAGAUGAAGGCGACUUUAAAGCCUGCGAUAGAUAUCGCUCCUAUGCGGCGGAUGGGUACUCCCGACGAGGUUGCACAUGCGGUGUUAUUCUUAUGUACGGCUGAGGCGUCAUUCAUUCAAGGUCAUGCGUUGGUGGUUGACGGAGGAUAUACGAUCAAUUAG